AUGGAUCUUGAAGAGUGGGAACUACUGCCCCAUGAUGGAUUCAUUGAUUACCAUGAAGAUGGUGAAAAGAAGACUUUUGGGGCAAGCGAACGUAGUAGUCCUAGACCUAGUCCCAAGAGUGUGUUCAACAUGAACUACUUCAUGUGCCCAUCUUCACCUCCAAAACAUUCGAGGGUAGUUCCUAGUCAACUUGUUCAACUUCCAGUUCAGUUGGAACAAGCAACAACAACAACUGGCAAGGAUGUCUCACAAGAUCAUGUAAUCUCAAAAAAAGAAGGGAUCACCAUGGUACCUAUUGACCUGAGUACCGUGGCUCCUUCUGUGACCAUGCCAGAAGUCAAAGAAGCUGAUCAAGACUCAGUUUCUCAAGUUUUCUUCAAGAAAAUGAAGGAAAAUGAAUUUGUCGACAUGAAAUUGGACUCACCAAAGUCCUCUAACACUAUGGGUGGUUUUGUACCUCCUCAAAUUGAUGCUGGUGCUACUUUUAACUUUGAAGACAAAAGUGAUCAUCAGGGGUAUAAAGGAGAUCAGGGCUUCGAGACCACCAAGAUUAGUUCUCCAAGAAUCAAGACUGCCGAAAAAGAAACUGGUGCAAAAGAGGAGGUGAGUUGGGAGGAGAAUAGCGGUGGCUUGAACUUAUGGAAGUUGAGCUUAAAUGGGAUUGGUGCUAUUUGCUCUUUUGGUGUUGCUGCUGCUACCAUUUGUAUUUUCAUCUUCGGAAGUCACCAAAGAAACAAGCAGCAACUAGAGAACCAAAAGCUGAGCUUCCAGAUUUACAAUGAUGACAAGAGGAUUAAGCAAGUGGUUCACCAUGCAACGAAAAUGAAUGAAGCAAUGUCAGCAGCCAGAGGAGUUCCUAUUGCUAGAGCUCACAUUACCUAUGGUGGUUACUAUGAUGGUCUUUGA